AUGCAGUCCAUCAAGACCAAAGGGUGGUUCAAGAAGCACACCGCGCGCCUCAAGAUGUCAUUUUGCUUCAAGGAAGACCUCCAAGACCGGAUGUACGACACCCACUUCCAAAACAACAAGAUCCGUCAACGUCAAAAGGCCAUGAUGGUCCAUAUGAACAUUCCCGUAUCCGAUGGCUCCGAGAACAUCAUCACCCCUCCGGAGGAGUGGAAAUCCAAGCACAAGUGGACAAGCUCCAAAGACCCCAUCACCGAGGAGGACUCACUGUCGCUCCGCCUCUGCCGAUGCGAUGCCUCCUGCCGCUCCUCCUCCGGCUACCGCGGCGUUCGUGUGCGGCCAAGCGGCCGCUUCGACGCAGAGAUUCGCUCCUGCGAGGAGCGCAUCCGCCUCGGCACGUUCGAGACGGCGCAUGAGGCGGCCCGCGCCUACGAUGCCGUCGCAUGGCGCCUCGGCCGCUGCCGCCGCACAAUGAAUUUCCACGAUGUGUGGACGCGGGAGCAGGCGGAGGCGCUCGCGCCGCCGUCGCCGGCUGUCACACGCUGCAUAAUAACUUUCGCCAUUCUGCGCGCUGCAUAA